UUUAUGAUUUAUAGAUUGAAUUCUGUAUUUAAAUAUAACAAUCUAAAAUCAUGAAUGAAAUACGAAUUACACCAAACUUGGGAAAUACAACAAACGAAGAUCCAGUCACUGUAGUACAGACUCAAACGGAAGCUCCAAAUCACGAAAUCGGAUGUCUAGGUAGUCAUAAUAGAAACACAAGACAAUCGUUAUCGAGAAGAUCUGUGCGACGAGCACAAGCUGUCAACUUUUUGCUAUACGGCAUAACGUUAAUGAUACCUGGUAUUUCUAUGAUAAUCGUCUAUUUCGUAGUCUUCAGAAUACCGUCAGGAAAUUUACAGUGGUCUCCAGCAGACGCUUUUGUCAUAACCGGAGCUAUUUUAGUCGGAUUCAGUAUUGUGGCGGAGGUAAUUGGUUUAUGGCAAUUUUGCAUGUCAAGGUACGAGCCCGACGAACCACCAAGGGAUAUGACGAUACGAAAUAAUCAGUAUAGCGACUCUCCUCCAUCGUAUGAUAGAAUAGCAAUAGACUUGCCUGAUUUAGUCAUGGUUUCUGUCCCACAUUCUUCAGCAGGAAGUCCACCAUCUUUUGAAUCUUGCUUUCCAAAAGGCAAACCGCUUCCUGGCUUAGAAAAUAUAGCGUAUGACAGUGCACAGACUGACGACGAAGAUCUUCCUCCGCCUCCAGCUUACAGUGAUACAGCGAAGAACAAUAAAUUUGCAAACAAAGAUUCACCAGUCAUCAUCAAUGAACACGCCGGAAGCGUGAAAUAUGUGACAUCAGAAAAUAGCAAUUCGUGAAAUUUUCUACGCUUGUAAAACGACCGUAAACAAGUCUUGUCUUUACUGCAGCAAGAAGAUUAUUAUGCAUGGCAGUGCUCAAUUCUUGGCAAAUCUGGCUUUGAAAUCGACAGCACAUCAUGGAUAUUUUCCACAAGAUUGUUCGACCAGCUGGGGUAUCAGUUGCCACAUCAAUCUCCUAGUCAUGAGAUGUUUUCUUCAACAAACAAUAACAAGUACUGCAUGAAUAAUAAAUGACACAAGUACAUAUUUUACUUGCGAUGAUAUAUAUUUGCGUUCAUCCCAUCUCCUGAAAAUGUUGACCACAGACAUGCAAUUAGAUUGGGCUGUCUGGUGCUUCUCAACCUAGUCUAAUGUUGCGAUUUUAGGAAAGGUGGUUGGUUCUCAAUUAUAUUUUACUAUUAUAUCACCCAAACAGAUCACACAGACUUUCAAGAAAAUAUAGUUCAGGGAUUCUCGCUGAACCAAGCGCUAGCGCUGUAGACCUGAUGACGGGGCGAUUCGUCACUCACAACCUCUGUCAUUUCGAUACUUAUUGUAGAAACUUUAUUAAUGAGUACUUUCUAAUGAAGUUACAAAUAAAAUAACUUCCACUCUGAAUUGGUUACGUUGGCCAACAUUUUUUUAUGUAAGUUUUUUAUUUCCUGUCAUCCGGUUAUAUUGUCGUUUACAGAAUCUUGAAUUUAUCAUCUAUGCAUAUUGUCUCCCAUAUCGUGCCACACGCCACCUCUUGUGUUUUCAAAAUUUUAUGCAAUAUUCCAUGAGACAUAUUUAUAUGUGGCAUAACCUUUUCAGAAAUUUUAAUUGCAGUAAGAUUGCAGCCUUUUUUCUGUACAAGUGUUGACUACCGUAGACAAUCUAUGAAGUUGGAAUAUUGUGUAAAAUACUAGUCGAAAUUAAACUACAAA